GGCACACGAUGGCCUCCGAUGAGCUUCAGAAAAGAGUCUCACAGCUUGUUCGCCAGUCGGGCGGGUUGGCGGAUGGCGGCAACCUGCAAGAGGCCUUUGACGCGUUGAAGGAGGCAUCCCACCUCGAUCCAGAAAAUGCUAGCGUGAAGGAUGCUCUCGUGGCAUUGGAAAAGCGCGAGAAGACUGGAGAUGUCGUCGCCUUGAUUCGCAGCUAUCUGGGCACGGGACCAACGAGCGAUGGUGAGGCAGCAUUGCGCGCUCUCCGCCAGAAGCAUCUGCCCCAAGAAGAAGCGGAGCAAGCUCUCAAUGAUCUUCUCGAUGCUCCCCGUCCAGUAGAUCUGCUCGACACCUUGACGGGCACUCUCAUCUAUCGAAGCAAAUAUGCCCAGCAGACCCUGAUGGCCGCGUUCGAGAAACCCGUCUCAGCGCUGUUCGAUCGAUUCUAUGAUCGAGGCCCAGAGAGUCUGAAAGCGUUCAGCACAAUCCCGCUGAACGAUGAGUUAUGGACAUCGAAAGAUGAUCAGGUGAAAGCCCAGCAAGACUUGUUCCAGCUGUGCAUUGCCAAGCUCAUAUACAUGGACGUCAAGCACAAGGAUCGCCUCCUGCAACUCGUGGCACGGCAGAUUGCCAUGGCACCUGCUAACGUCACCAAUCUCAUUGAUUUGGACGUCUUCGAAGUCAUUCUGGAUUGUCUCGAUAUCAGACUAGAACAACGUUUGCGGAGUCAAGCCAUGUUGGCCACUUCAAAGGUGCUUGAGGCGACCAAGGAAAGAGGGGAGCAGCUGUUUGCCCAGUACUUAGCUGCCAGAGUGGGCAAGCAGACUAUCGACGACUGCAUCGUUGCCUUUUCGUCAGCAGCUGCCAUCUUUCCAAUGAUACCUGUGGUGGCAGCACAGCUUUUCAUGACUGACGGCUUUGUGCAACAACUCGUGCCCAAUUUGGAGCGAAACUUCGAGUCAGGCAGCCAGGGGAAAAGAAAGAGCGCAACGCUCGAGGUGGCAGCUCUUGAAUUGCUGAGCGCAGCAUGCGUUGACAAGGCGUGUCGCGAGGCAAUCGACAGAUAUUGCUCACCCUGGCUCCGAAACAUGUCAGAUGAAGCAGAAGGAAAGCACAAGGCACUAUCAUCACUCGUGCUCGCCAAGAUCAAUGCAACGUCUUCGGAAGAGGUCACAUCGAAAUUGGCAGAUCUGGUCCUGGUCAACGAGGUCAACAAGGAUCAAGCGAUAGAGGGGUUGGCCUAUACCACCUUGCAGCCAAAGGUCAAGGAAGACAUUGCAGCCAAUGCGAAUUUGCUGAAGCGGCUGAUAGCUGCAUUGACCGAUCGCCCGAGUGCUGCAUUUGGGUGUUUGACCAUCUUCAGCAACUUGACCACAUACCGACCGCCCCAGACCGCUGAGCAAAAGAAAAUGGCACAGCUGAAAGCUUACGCGAAUCAACAGAAGCAAGUAGCAGAUGAUCCGCUCGACAACGACAGUUUUGUAACCAGUCGAGCCAAGAAGCUUCUCGACGCCGACAUCGUUCCCGCUCUCGUCGCUAGCUGCAAACAAACCAGCUCUCCUACCAACAUCGCAAUGGUAGUGAAAACCCUCCUCUCGCUGGCCAGAGAACAAAGAAACCGCCCGAAAAUGGUCUCCCAAGGUUCCGUCAAGCUCCUCCUCCAAAUCCGAGAACGAAUCGGCAAGACAGACAAAUCCUCUGCAGAAGCUUCCACCAUCGACCGUAAUGCCUCGCACGCGUUGGCCAGACUUCUCAUCUCCGUCAAUCCCGAACAUGUCUUCUCUGCGGGCUCACUACCAGCUAGCACGGCUGUGAGUUCUCUCAUUCCACUGCUCACGUAUGACACCGAUGCCGAACAACGGGACCUUUUGCCUACUUUCGAAGCACUCCUCGCGCUUACCAAUCUGGCUUCCAUGGAAGAUGCCACAGCCAGAGACAUCCUUCUUCGCCCCUCUGCAGCGUUUGAACGGCUGGAAGAUCUACUCUUUUCCAGUAAUACUCUCGUCCAACGCGCCAGUGUCGAGCUCGUGUGUAACCUGAUGGCUUCUCCAACUGGCGUCGCGAGAUACGCCGACGGAUCCAAAGACGCCAAACGUCGAUUGCACGUGUUGUUGGCACUCACCGACGCCGACGAUCUUGCUACGAGACGAGCCGCGGGGGGUGCACUUGCUAUGCUUACCGAGUGGGACAGUGCCGUUAGCGCUGUGCUGGAUCAUGUGAAAGGUGUAGAGUUGGUAAUUGGAAUGUGUUCCGAGGAGGAGGAGGAGGCGGGAAAGAGCGAUGAGAUGAAACAUCGUGGGUUCGCUACUGUGCUUAACCUUGUGAGUGCACCCGGGCAAAUUGGAGAGCGUGGGAUCAAGGCUGUGAAGGAGUAUGAAGAGGAGUUGAAGAAAGCUUUGCGGACGACAAGGAACCAGGACGUGUUGGCAUUGGGGGUAGAGGUGCUCAAACGGUUGAAGUGAUGCUUUGCUUGCAUAGCACUCGGACUUGGCUGGAAGUGCUGCUACUGUUGCUGGUGGCACACACGCAGGCCAACGGGGUUCGUUCGGAAUAUCGACAGAGAGGUUGCACUUUUCUAUUGUUGUGAGUUGCCCUGCCAGCGGCGUGGGCUUUCGCACAGUCAAGAUAUCAAAAUACCUUU